UGUCGUUGAGUCGGUGCAUCGGGAUACAUAUUAGCCCGACCCGUCUUCUCGGUCAAACAACAAAAACAUGUCUGAGGGUGACUGAACCGCUACUAGUUUCAGCCAGCUGCCUCGCCUCUUUAAAGGACUGCUUUAUGAUUACCGUCAUAAUCUCGGCCGAAAACCCAGAAAAAUGCCGCAGAAAGCGCUGGGAUCCAUUGUAGGUCUUCUUUGUACCGGGACCUGUCUGGUGCAGGGUAAAGAGUUCUGUUUUGGGGUAACCGAUAAGGAGUAUCGCUGUGAAAUGGGGUACUGCUGUGCCGAUUCACAGUGCUGCACAUACUAUUAUGAACUCUGGUGGUUUUGGUUGGUGUGGACGCUCAUCAUCAUGCUCAGCUGCUGCUGCGCCUACAGACACCGCAGGGUUAAAAUGCGCCUGCAGCAGGAGCAGCGACAACGUGAGAUCAGCCUCAUGGCCUAUCAAGGAGCCUCCAGCUCCUUCAUUUCACCUCCUCCUUUAAAUUUAAGGUUCUGGAACGACUGCAAGCUUCCCGACUACGAGGAGGUGGUUGGCCACCCCCCGACACCUCCUCCUCCUUACUCCGAAAACCCUCCGGAGUCGGCUCCAGCCUUACCUCCGCAGCUACGCCAGACGGACGCCUCCUUCGUCCAACAGCCCUCGUCGUCUGCGGUGGCCUCCAGCUCAUCGUCCAACCAGGAGGCGCCUGUGCUCCCGCCUCAAGCCGUAGGGAGCGCAGAGGAGGAUGAGGAGCUGAUCACUCGGCGCAGGCACGUCACCGGCGACUCAGGGAUUGAGGUGUGCGUUUGCCAGCUGGACGUCUGCGAGGGCUCGGGGCUGGAAGAGGAGAGCGACGGCGAGCACCGGACGUGCAACGUCUCCAACCGAGACUGCUGCUCUGCCUCUCAGCAGGAGCCGUUCGGACCCAAGGAGGGCAGCUCGGACGUGCCCAGCCAAACCAGCGCCGGAGACCACAUGGUGUGAUCCGCCGCAGAACGAACCCGCCAGCAAGUGCAGCUUCCUGCAUCCCACAGGGUGGUAACCGUUGCCAUCAUCGUCGCCACAGGCGCUGGCUGUGUUCUUUGAACAAACACAGACAUUCGCCGCUAACAGGAUGAUGAUAACCGGUCUGUUACAGCGCUGUUGAGGCAAAUCCUCCUUUUUUCUCCUCUCAGUGGGAGAAACAACAAACACUUUUGCUUUUUACACAUCUACAGGUGUGAGAACAUCACCCAGCAGUGAGAAGACAGCAGUUGAUUGUGACUCAAACCAAAAACUCUCCUUGCUGUCUCCUUCAGCACUGCUGUCACCUUUCCUUUUCGGUCCUACCGCCCUCAUAGGUCAGAACAUUUCCAGUUGGCAUCGAACCUCCUGCAGGGAGAGGUGUGUGUGGUGUGUGUGUGGGGGGGGUGUCACACAUAGGCAUGCCAGCACGGUCAGCAGCACAUCUCCCCUACUGCGAGCGACCAGCCUAAAACGAGCCGCGCGGAAUGGGACGAAGCUAAAAGUAAAAACGCUGGUUUUCUAUUUCUGACGUCAGCUCAACCAGCAUUUAUUAUUAUUAUUAUUCUAUUUUUAAAGGUUGGGGAGACUAAACAUUCAAACAGAGCAGAGAUCAGGUUGUUGUUUGAUGUUUAAAUGUCACUCCAACCCGUCCUCCCUUUCUUUUUUUUUUAUUUGGACAUCCAUGUUUGUCACCACAGCCGAGUGUCCGCUAAUUAGCAUGAUGUAAGAGGUGCUCAGCACUUCAGUGAUUUAUUGAUUGUGUGCAUGCAUACACCCCCCCCCCACACCCCCCCUUCCUUCCUCGCUAAAGUCCCCGACUGCAGCAAACAGUAAUAGAGCCGCCGCCUAGGAUUUUCUAUUGACCAGAACCGACUCUUUUUGUUUCUCGCUGAACAAACGGGAAUCCGAUGGUAGUUUGCGUGCUCCUAUUGAAGGGUGAACGUGCUGUUUGGGUUUUCCGCUUUUAACCAGACGCUCGUCAGCGAAUGCAACAGGUGUCGCCAUUAUUUGCAGCAAACGUUUGUGCUGCCUGAAAGAAUUAAGGGAAAGGAACAAUUUGUUUUGCUUUUGUACAAUAAUUUUGUUUAUAUGAUUUUUUUUAACGGUUUGCAGCUCACCUGCAGAAGAGCUUCAUUUGAGGUCAGGAAAUAGACCGUGGUCGACCCCUUUUUUUUUUCUCGUCUGAAUAUAGUUUUGUUUUUAGGAGCGUGUAAGCCGGGAUAUUUUGGUAUGCAGUGCUGGUAGCUAGGUUGCCGGUGUCGUCUUGGGUCUGUUGUUCUGUCUAGCACUUGGCAGUGUGUGUUUGGGGUGGGGGGGGAUUUGUGGUGGUAUUUUCCACUGACGGUGUUGUUAGCGAGUCGGGAUGAUUGCAAACUCUGCUCUGCAGUUUCUUUUAGUUAGCAGAUUUUUGACCUUUACCGUACAGAAAGAACUCAAAUCAAUGAUAAUUCACUUUGCUAACACACUGACAGAGAUUUAAGGUUCAGUUUUGAACAGUUCUCCUUAUUUUCUUUUUAGUUUUAAGACUCAGGACACUUCAAAUAUCUGCUUCCUUUUUUAUUUUUUUCAAAUAAGCAGUUGCUUCGCCGGUUUUAACCUUUAAUUCACAGCUUCAUCCCCGAUCUGCACUGAAUCAGUUGAAUAUUUUCUUUUACUCAAACAGUGCUGACUGGUGUGACUCAAAUGUAGCAAAGAUAGAAUAAACGGAAGGAGGCGAACACCACAAACCAGGUGUCACAUCAGUUGAAGCCAUGCUAACUCAACAGUGACCUUUCCAGAGGAGCCGUGAGCGUGGCUGCACACGUGUUAGCAGAAGUAACAGAAUCCUUUUUUUUUUUUUUUCCUCCUGACUGCACGUGUCAAGCGGCCUUGUUUCAUUUGUGCAGAGCGGACGUCUCGCUGUACGUGGUCAUACUGCCUUACUAGAGUAGUCGAGUGCUCGUCUUCUCCUUGGAAUUGUAAAGUUUGUGUAGUCGUGAGCAUGGUUCGUUCUUAAAGCCGGAGUAGGAGAGGCUUUGUGUCUGUAGAUGAUAAUAGCAUUUGAUGUUGGGAAUUUUGCUUUUUGUUGUGAAUACAGGAUGUGGUAUGUAAACUUAAAUAAAACAAAAGCCCUUGGACUGAAGCUGUCAGAUGUUUCCUCACAGCUUCCUUCUGGGGUUGAAGUUUAAAAUACUAGUUAGCCGUGGCACUGAUGGGUUGUUUUUUUUUUAAGCCAGAUUGUUGAGUUGUGGUCGAUUUGGAUUUAUUUUCUACACAUCUGGCUGCAGUUAGAUUGUGGAGUUGAAAGCAUGAGAAAAAACGUUUUUUUUAAUGGAUUUAUUGUGAAUAAUUUUAUGUUUUGGGGUUUUUUUAAGGACAAACAUGAACAGAAUUGACCUUUAUGCUUAAGGUGUAAACUUGGAGCAAAAACUUGUAAGAUCAGGGUGAUUUUGUGCAUGAGUGAACUGGGAGGGGGGGUCCAUAAGAUCUUGAUAACCUACCUAAGCUAUGCCUCCUCGUUUUUCACAUGUUUACUGAGAGUAAGGGCUAUCGAAGUCUUGAACAGACGUCAAUUCAUCCUGGAAGACUUUCUUGCAGAAAUCCACUUCCUAACUUAAGUCUCUGAAUGUUGUUGUGGAGUUCACAUCUAUCUAUCAGCUGAUUGUACAUGACUCUGUGUGUGUUUGUGUGUUUUCUAGGCUUUAACUUUGCCUUCUUGUUUUGUAAACCUCCACAGAGGUGCGUGAUGCAAUCAGAGCUUCCCUCCCUCGCCGCACGUGUGGAUGCGGCGCCUCGUCCCGCUCCUCCACCAGCGUGCGGCUUAGUAACACAAACCGGCGGCUUGUUUGUUUUGCUCAGCUGCGCCGGGAAUCCUUGGGAACGGAAAAACGCAUCCGACCGGCGACUGAAUCGCCUAACCAAAGUCUUCUCCGUUCCCGCGCUCGGCGGCGGGUUUUGUUGUCACUACGAUGCGUUUGACUUCACACUCUCAGGGUUACCGUUAAUGAGUUGUCGACCCAAGAAGCCAAAGCAGUUUGUGUCUGUUCUGUCUGCAUCACACAUCUCUGUAAACUGUUCUCUACUGGGCUAUGCAAAAAAAAAAAACAGAAAACCUGCUGGUAAAUGCUGCGACCCCGUUCUCUGUCCUGUCUGUGGCCCCAGUGCAAGCAAUAGAACUCUCAGUACUCAUGGCACUGCACUGUACUGUAAUUUACUUUGGUUGGUCUGUGUAAUACAUAUUUGUUUAAGAGAGUUUGUAAAAAUUAUAUAUAUAUAUACUUAAAAUGCUACCACAAUGA